AUGGACAAGACGACGGUACGGCCAUGGGACCCAUCAGCCCCCUCCCUCCUCUGGGCUCACCAGAUCCGCCGCGAGAACAUCCACCUGGUCAACCAGCUCGACAGCACACGAGCCGAUCUCGCCGGCGCCAUCUCAGCCAUCAACGAACUGAAGCAGCAACUGAAUGAAGUACGAGAACACGCACAGACAGCCAACACCUGCCAUGAUGCAUGCGACCGGAAAUUGAAGGACAUUACGGAGAGGAUUGAGACUAGGUUGAAGGGUAUCUUUCGUAGGAUUGAUGCCGUUGAGCGCGAGAAUGGUCGUCUGAAAGAGAGGCUCGAUAGCAUCGAACCGGAAUGCAGCGAGCAGAACGGGCGGGAUGAAUCGAGGGAGUCAAUACGGAGGCAGGUUCUGGAUGAGGUUCGGGCUUGGUUUACGAGACAGGAGGUUCGACAAGGUAGAUUGGGAGGUCCAGAGGGUGGUGACUUUACGGGGUUCAAGCAGGCGUCUCCAGAACCGGACAUAGUCCCAGAUUCAAUGCGCCUGGAUGAGUCUGCUCCAUUCGCUCGAAAGGACUCCUUGCGAACUCUCACCGAGACUACGUGGGGAUCUUCGAGCCACCCGCAACAAUCUUCGGGCCAGGCUGAUCACUAUGGGGAGAAGGAACGCACUGCCGAACCCGAUUCAACUACGCUUCCGCAGAUUCGCCAAGGCGGGAGAGAUCUCGGGGAGUAUCUGGCGUCCGCUGAGGACAUGUGCGCGCAGCUGCCUCCGCGGAAGAGAGAGGGUGAGAUAGUUGAGUCUUUUGUGCGGGGACUUGAUGAUGCGGGGACGAGAGGUCGAGUGGAAGGCGAGAUGGAUAGAGCCGGGUGGUCGUGGGAUACGCUGGCGAAAAUCGUGCGCAAUGAGAUGGAAAGGCAGCAGAGGCAGGCCGUGGAGCCGAAGCGAGCUGUCAAGGGGGAUGUUGAAGAGCGCGUGGAAGUCAUACAAGGUCCGGGUGAAGUCCGCAUGUCCAGACAACGUAAGAAGCAAAGGAGGUUCAUACCGAUUGUGCCAGCAGAUGAAGAUGAUAUGAUAGUGUAG